CGUUUGGCUCUGUUUCCUCUCACGAGCCUGACCAAUUAGUACUAUUUACAUUUACAGAGAGGAAAACUCUCUGUAAUUAUGUUGUGCAUUUAGAAGCAUACGUAAACAUACAUAUGUACACAUCUAGCCGGACUAUCUGUUUACUAUGAUGUGUCCAAGAUAUGUGAGUAAUUUAUUAUGUGUAUCUCUGAUUUUGAUGUUCUUUGGGACAAGGAGUAGCAGUGGUCAGCAGAACACAGGAGGAAUUUUGUUCCCACAAGAGUCGGAAACCAGGGAACGCAAGAGCUUGGACGGAAUUUGGAAUUUUAGAAUUUCCCCCAGGAACGACCCUGAUCUGGGAUUUCGACUGGAAUGGUACAAUCGGCCACUGGAUCAGAAUGGACAUGUGGAGUUGAUGCCGGUUCCCAGUUCAUACAACGAUAUAACGCAGAGCAAAUUGAUCCGAGACCACGUCGGUUGGGCCUGGUACGAUCGAGAAUUCCGAAUUCCUAAAGAUUGGUUUUCCAACCAACGUAUCUGGUUACGAUUUGGGGGUGUGAAUUAUCAUGCAAUUGUGUGGGUGAAUGGCAUCAAAGUUUUGGAGCACAGUGGGGGCCAUCUCCCAUUCCUGGCUGAGCUGAGCACAGAGUACUUAUCCGCCCAGUCUACGAACAGGAUAACCGUUGCAGUCAACAAUACCUUGUCCAGUGUCACCAUUCCACAAGGACGCAUAGUUCGCCAAUCUGCCUCAAGAUACCCAGUUGGAUACUUUACCCUCGACUACGCUUUUGACUUUUUUAAUUACGCUGGAAUUCACCGAACAGUUUACCUCUAUUCAACGCCCGUGAGUCACAUUGAUGACAUAAAAGUUACCACGGAUGUUCAAGGAAGUGAAGGACUGGUUUCAUACUUUGUGGAUAUUUCACAAAGCAAUCCUCGCCAGCACCCAAAUGCUAUUCGCAAAAUUUCCACAAAGCAGGAUUUUAGAGUAUCCGUGAGGCUGGAGGAUAAGGCUGGAGUUUCCGUGGCCACUUCUUCAGGGGAAAGCGGGGUCCUCCGAGUAACGAAUGCAAAAUUAUGGUGGCCAUUUACCAUGGUCUCGGAUGAUUCAAAUGCAGGAUAUCGCUACACUUUGGUGGCAAUUGUGCUGGAUGCGCUCGGACAACAAGUAGAUGUUUACCGUCUUAAAAUUGGCAUUCGUACAGUGAAAUGGAACACGAAUACAUUUUUUAUUAAUGAUCGACCUUUUUACUUCCGUGGCUUUGGACGCCAUGAAGAUUUUAAUAUACGAGGGAAAGGCAUAGAUCCUGUAAUGCUGGUAAAGGACCACAACCUCGUAAAAUGGACUGGUGCAAAUUCGUACAGAACGUCACAUUACCCAUAUUCGGAAGAAAUUAUGGACUUAACGGAUGAGCUUGGAAUUGUCAUCAUUGACGAGAUUUCAGCAGUGUCCAUUGAUGGUUUCGGACCGGAACUCUUGGCCACACAUAAAAGCCAACUGACACAGUUGAUCCAUCGGGAUAAAAAUCGUCCCAGUGUUGUAAUGUGGUCCGUUUCGAAUGAACCCCAAUCUCAAAAGCCGGAAGCAGGUCCAUAUUUCAAGGAGGUGUUCGCUUUAACCAAGUCUUUGGAUAGUACCCGGCCCGUGACGAUUGUUCUUAACCAACAAUGGUCACAGGACAAAUCAGCACAGUAUGCGGAUAUCAUUUGCAUAAACCGAUAUUAUGCAUGGUACUCUGAUACGGGUCAUACGGAGGUGAUAACAAACUCUGUAAUUCAGGACGUCAACAACUGGGUCAACAAGUUCAAUCGGCCUUUGAUAAUAUCAGAGUAUGGCUCCGACACAGUUGCAGGACUUCACAUGAGUCCGGAUUUUGUCUUCACAGAAGAAUUUCAAAUCGAAUAUUUGAAAGAGCAUUUUAAAGCUUUUGACGCUUUACGUCAGAACGGAACACUCAUCGGUGAAAUGAUUUGGAACUUUGCCGACUUUAUGACUGUUCAGGGAAUUACGCGGAUUGUGGGAAAUCGGAAAGGAGUUUUUACUCGCGAUAGACAACCGAAGGCGUCAGCUCAUCUACUUCGAACAAGGUAUCACCUCCUAGCCAAUGAACUGGAAAAGUACCCACUUCCAACUGACCUACGCAACUUAAUCCCCAUUUAUGGGAAGAAAUCACGCACAGAAUUAUAAUAUUAGUCUGACAUUGGAUUUAAUAAAAUCGACUAAUGUUCCUCAAAAUUUUGAAUGAGAUUAUUGUUUAAAAUAGGUAAAAGCUAUACUAUAUAUUUCAUCAGCGACGUAUAGUAUUUUGUACGAGGAUUUAGGUUAUUUUUUUAAAUAAAUAAAAAAAGUCAGGACAACUUUU